UCUUUACAAUGUUACGCCUCCUCCCCUCACGCUGCAGAUGGACCCCUCUCCCGAAGGAGGCCGGACACAUCUGCGACAUCAAAGUUUCAUCACCAUUCCAUUUGUAAAGGCUUUUAUUCACAGCUAUCUGAAUAUUUAUGAGGCCAGGGCGAGGACAAACACUGAUGUUAACAUCUUCCUGAGCACAACCAUUAGAGACGAGAUGGAGAAUCCCGUCUUACAGACGCAACCGUCCACCCUGGCGUUUUUUGACACGGCCCACGCCUUCAACCUGCUGCGAGGAAUUCAUGAGCUCCGUGCAGAGCGAAAGUUUUUUGAUGUGACUUUGUGCGCAGAGGGCCGUGAGUUCCACUGCCACCGCACGGUCUUGGCUGCUGCCAGCACCUACUUCCGGGCCAUGUUCACCGGUACGCUACGGGAGAGCAUAAUGGACCGUGUGGUUCUACACGAGGUUUCGGCUGAGCUUUUAGGAUUGCUGGUGGACUUCUGCUACACAGGACGGGUCACUGUCACGCAGGACAACGUGGAUCUUCUGCUGAAAACGGCAGAUCUGUUUCAGUUCCCGUCGGUCAAAGAGGCCUGCUGUGCUUUUUUGGAACAGCGUCUGGAUGUUUCCAACUGCUUAGAAAUCCAGGACUUUGCAGAGGCCUACGCUUGCCGAGAGCUGGCGGCCAGUGCACGCCGCUUUGUCCUCAAAAACCUAAUGGAUCUUGCUAAAGGGACAGACUUUGAGCGGUUGCCUUGGAAGCGCCUCCUUGAGUUUGUGUCUGAUGAUGAGCUGUGUGUGGACAAAGAGGAGACUGUUUAUCAGAUCGCAGUGCGCUGGGUGAAGGCUGACCUCCAGCGGAGACUGCACUACUGGCCCGAGCUCCUCCAGCAGGUCCGACUCCCUUUCGUCAGGAGGUUCUUCCUUUUGGCCCAUGUUGAGAGCGACCCCCUUGUCUACCUUUCACCCACCUGUCUCCGCAUGGUAAACGAGGCCCGUAGCUUCCAGUCCUGCGAGUAUGACCGUCAUGACAGGCCUUGCCGCCGCAUGCGUCCACGGCCUUCCACUGGACUAGCCGAGAUCUUGGUUGUGGUGGGAGGUUGCGACCAGGACUGUGAUGAGUUGGUCACCGUCGACUGUUUCAACCCGCAGACGGGCCAGUGGCGCUACCUGGCAGAGUUCCCGGACCACCUCGGAGGGGGCUACAGCAUAGCUGCCCUCGGGAAUGAUAUGUAUGUCACUGGCGGCUCUGACGGCUCCCGCCUCUACGACGGCGUGUGGCGCUACAAGUCGAGCGUCAACGAAUGGACGGAGGUGUCGCCCAUGCUGAAAGCGCGCGAGUACCACAGCUCAUGCGUCCUGAAAGGUCAGCUGUACGUGGUGGCGUCGGACAGCACCGAGCGCUACGACCACACACUGGACUGCUGGGAGGCCUUACCGCCUAUGCUGCACGCCAUGGACAACUGCUCCACCACCACGUGCAACGGCCGCCUGUACGCCAUCGGUUGUCUAGCCGGGGAGGACACCAUGGCCGUCCAGAGUUACGACCCGGACAGCAAACAUUGGUCCGUGGUCAACUGCGGACAGCUGCCCCUGUGGUCCUUUACCCCUAAAACGGUGACCCUCAAUGGCCUCAUCUUCUUUGUGAGGGAUGACUCUGCAGAGGUUGAUGUUUACAACCCCCUGAAGAACGAGUGGGAUAAGAUUAGUCCUAUGAACCAGGUCCACGUCGGAGGCAGCGUGGCCGCGCUGGGCGGCAAACUGUUUGUAUCCGGGGGUUACGACAACACGUUUGAGCUGUCGGACGUAGUGGAAGCGUACGACCCGGCAACUCGCACCUGGAGCGUUGCGGGCCGGCUGCCUCAGCCCACCUUCUGGCACGGCAGCGUCAGCAUAUUCCGUCAGUUCAUGCCUCUAGUGUCUAACGCCUUUGAGCCCACCAGCGCCCCAGACGGCAAUGCCAUCCACCUGCACCGGCACCAGCGUCACCAGGCCCUAUACAACCUGAACAACAAUGUAAACCAGGACAUGAACGCAGCCCACUGAGUUUUGAUCCGCCCAUCCCAAUGCUGUCAGUUUACUUUGACUUUACCUCAUCACAAUGCUGAAACGUGAAGGCGUUACCUGACCUUCGCUAACUUAAGGAUUUGAAAGAGGAUCUGGGCCUCUCAGGCCUGAAAGUGUUGUCAUAUAUGUACAUGCAUGAGAAAAAAACCUAGGACUAAUUGCAUUUGUGAUUACAUUGUAAAACAAUUGGCAAUCGCAGCAUACACCGUUCCAAGAGUAGAGCAUUGGGCAGCAUCAACUUCCCAUGGAGCCUAUGAGCCUGAUUUAGUAAGAUCCCAAAUAGUGGGUGCUAAAUUGCAUGUUUGCACUUUAACAGAUUGCGCAGGCAUGAUCUAAGAUUACGGUGCAAUUGGCAAAUGUGUAAUUGUGGAGAUUGCCAUAUAAAUGAGGGUUUUGUUCUUUGGGUAGCUCUAAUGGUUUUAAUCAUGGACAAUUUGGGAUAGCACCGCAAGCACUCGAAGUUUGAAGUGAUUGAACUGGAAGUGUUAGUGGAAGUGUCAAGCUAACAUUAACAAGUUACAGAAAAGCUUAUGAGUCCUGUAAUUCUGGGGAAGCCAGUAAACUGCAUAAAAGUCAUGUUUUCUUUGAUUUAACUUGCCCUAGCAUUGUGGGAAUUUGUUCUGUCUGCCCAUCCUGUGUAACACUGUUUAAAACUUGAGACAACACACAUCAAAAACUGCUUUGGGAGAGGCCAGGACCAAUUGUCGUCGUGCGCUGAAAUGACCCAGACACAAGAAAAUUCAGACUUGAAAGUAGUUUUUGAUAGCACUGGGGAACACGAUUUUUGUUGUUAGGUCUGACAGCUGUUUUUAACUAAUUUUUGGGUGCGGAAUCCAAAACUGAUCUGUUUUUCUCUUAUCACGUCAAGUUUUUGAACUAUAGAUCCCCAUUUUCAUAAAAAAGUGUAAAAUACUGUACUUAACAUAUGUGCUUGUUUUAUAAAACUUUUCAAAUAUUGACAUACAAUGAAAUAUGAACGGAACAGGCAUGACUGCAAUAUUUAUUUAUAACACUAUUAUGGUUUACAAAUGGCGGCACGUGGACGACUGGUUAGCACAUCUGCCUCACAGUUCUGAGGAUCGGGUUCAAAUCCCAGCCGCGCCUGUGUGGAGUUUGCAUGUUGUCCCCCGUGCCUGCGUGGGUUUUCUCCGGGCAUUACGGUUUCCUCCCACAUCUCAUAAAACAUGCAUGGCAGGUUGAUUGAAGACUCUAAAUUGCCCUUAGGUGUGAAUGUGUGCGCAAAUGGUUGUUGGUUUAUAUGUGCCCUGCGAUUGGCUGCCGACCAAUUCACAGAGUAUAGCCCCCCUCUCGUCCGAAGAGCCGGGGUAGGGUCCAGCACGCCUGCGACGUUUGUGAGGAUAAAGGCCUCUUCAUACUCGCACGGCCGUCAACGCCCGCUUUGCAUCACGUGACCGAUGCAUUGGCCCGCGCGGCCCCUCUGCGUCACUUGAGUAUAAAGAAGCCUUAAAGCGGUACAGGAAAUGAAUGGAUGGAUUGAUAUUUUACAAAGGAUAUGGCACAAAUCCUCUUAAUUCCUACUAUGCUAGCUUUCUGUUUACAGAUAUUGAUAGUACUGACCUAUUGGAAGCUGCACACACCUCUCACCGCACUGUCUCAAUUGUGACUGCACAAACAAGUUGCCACGUAGCUGUAGAAGUGACCAAUCAUAAUCAGCUGGCAAGUGUUACUACAGCUAUUCAGUAGAAUUUUGCUUGUCUGGAGGGUAAGCUGUGGAGAAAAAAACUUGACUGCAAUUUUGGAAUCGGCAUGCCAAUUUUAGUUUUAAUAGCAUAAAAAUCUAACUCAACAGAAUCAUUUUUUCCUAAUUGUUCCCCAGUGUAAGUGAUAUGACAUGACUGCUCCUUGUGACUGGUUCCAAGUCAGCCCUUAGAUAUUCCAAAGCUCCAAAGUUGCAUUGCUCAAUAGAUGUCUCAAUUUGUGUUUCUGGCAUUUCAAAAAACAUACACGCAAUAGAUGUCUCAAUUUUUGUUUCUGGCAUUUCAAAAAACAUACACAUGAGCAGAAAAGAUCCGUUCCCUCCAUCACCUAAUUUUGCCUACGCCUCCUCACCACAGUAACCAGUCAGUGAGGUUAUGCACAGCAGACAUGGUACUUAAAGAUGCCAUCGGCUCAGCAUAAUAUAAAGGACAUUUUUUGUGUGUGUGUGUGUGUCAUAUUAAAAUCAUAUGUUGUGGGGGGAAAAAAAAAAAAAAACUGGAUAAACUAAAAAAAAAAACAUUGAAUUGUUGCAGUUUUGGAGGACAGUGGUGGCCAUGUUUGCCUCAUAAUUUGAGAUGUUCUGGAUUCAAAUCUCUCUGCUCACUGUGUCUUUCCUUUGUGUUAUGCUUUGGUCAUACAUUCCAAAAACAUGCAUGUUAUGUUAAUUCAAGACUAAAUAGCCCAUCGGUGUCCAAAAAUUAUAAUCUUUAUUGUCUUAAUUAAUUUUAAGUAUUUAACCCAUUGUCGGUGACAACAUGCCUAGUGAAUUUAUUACUUAUUUAACCACUUGGCUAGCAUGGUCAUACGACAAAUGUGAAUUGUUGUUUGUCUGUGAUUGGUUGGUGACCAGUCCAGGAUUAAUGCUGUAUGGAUAAUGAUAUCACAAUUUCAAAUUAAAUUGGAAUAUUUGUCAAAUUGUUCAAAUCUACCUGGGAGCAUGCAUCCGACCCAUUGAUUUCCUGCUGUCAACUGCUCAAUUAACCUUUCCAUCUCCCAGGAUUAAUUUGCUCGUUACCUGGGUUAAAAAUGAUGUAAACACACUUAUGAUGACACUAAUUGCAGUUGCGCACGUUCUCAGUUGUGCACGUUCAGUCCUCAAGUCGCAACAGCUUGCCUAAGAGCAAAACUCCCACUCACACUAAAACCACUUCAUAACACUCAGAUGUUUCUUUGUACUUUUAUUUGGUUGGUCCAAGGAUAAGGGACUGGGCCGUUAUGAAAAGUUAAAUUAAGGUGCACACCUGCUGUGCAGCAUUGAUGUGAUUGUUCCAAAGUAUGCAAGUUCAUCAUGAAUAUAGUUCUGACGAGGUGCAUACAGUAUGUGCUUCUGUCAGCUAUAUUUAGAAGGCAUGCUACGUUUACUAAAACUGACAAUGGGUUGAUACAGAGCAUACAUACAGUCCCCUCCAAAGGUAUUGGAACAGCAUGGUCAAUUCCUUUGUUUUUGCUGUAUACUGAAGACAUUUGGGUUUCAGAUCAAAAGAUGACUUGAGACAAAAGUUCAAUAUUCCGGCUUUUAUAUCAUGGUAUUUACAGCUAGAUGUGUUAAACAACUCAGGACAGAGCACCUUUUGUUUGAAGCCACCCACUUUUCAAGUGAGCAAAAGUAUUGGAACAGACAAAGUGAAUAACAUUUAAUAUUAGGUGGCAUUACCCUUACUUGCAAUAACUGCAUCAAGUCUGCGACCCAUUGACUAUUCCAGGCCUUUACUGCAGCCUCUUUCAGUUCUUGUUUGUUUCUGGGGGUUUCUCCCUUGAGUCUCUUCAGGGUGUAAACUUCAUGCUCUAUUGGGUUAAGGUCUUGACUAGACUUGGCCAGUCUAAGACCGUCACUUGUUCCCCCUGAUGAAGUCCUUUGUUGUGUUGGCAAUGUGUUUUGGGGCAUUGUCUUAUUGCAUGAUGAAACUUCUCCCGAUUAGUUUGGGUGCAUUUUUCUGUAAAUUGCCAGACAAAAUGGGUUUGUAGGCUUCAGAAUUCAUUCUGCUGCAAAGACUAGUGAGCCCGUUCCAAAGGCAGCCAUGCAAGCCCAAGCCAUGACAUUACCACCAACCACCAUGCUUCACUGGUAAGCUUGUGUGUUUUGGAUCAUAAGCAGAUACUUUCUCUCUCCAUAUUUUGGCCUUUCCAUCACUUUAGUAGAGGUUAAUCUUGGUCUCAUCAGUCCAUAAAACUUUGUUCCAAAACUUUUGUGGGUCAUCUCUGUAAUUCUUUGCAAAAUCCAAUCUGGCCUUCUGAUUCUUUUUGCUGAUGAGUGGUUUGCAUCUUGUGGUAUGGCCUGUAUAUUUCUUCUCGAAGUCUUCGAAUAAUGGAUUGGGAUACCUUCACCCCUACCUACCCUGUGGAGAUUGGCACUGAUUUCACUGACUGUUGUCUUUGGGUCACAAAUAUUUCCAUCAUCAACUGCUGUCGAUACCCUUGCCCAACCUGUUGGAUGUCUGUUGCUAAGUACACCAGUAGUUUCUUUAUUUUUCAGGACAUUCCAAAUUGUUGUAUUGGCGAUGCCCAAUGUUUGUACAGUAGCUCUGAUCGAUUUUCCCUCUUCUCUCAGCUUCAAAAUGGGUUGCUUUUCUCUCAUAGCUCUCAGUUCUUUGUGUUUGCUUAACAGCAACUGCAGUUUUCACAGGUGAAACCCAAAGCCAAAAACAAGCACUAUCUAAUGUUUAAGCAAUCAAUCUAAAAGGCAACACUUGAGCAACUAGAAACACCCAUCAGUCACAUUCCAAUACUUUUGCUCACUUGAAAAGUGGGUGGGUUCAAACAAAAAGUGCUCUCGCCUGAGUUGUUUAACACAGUUAGAUAUAAAUACCAUGAAAUAAAAGCUGGAAUAUUGAACUUUUGUCUCAUAUUCAUCUUUUCAUCUGAACCCCAAAUGUCUUCAGUAUUCAAGAAAAACAAAGGAAUUGACCUUGCCAUUCCAAUACUUUUGGAUGGGACUGUAUAAACUAGACAUACGUAGAGGCCAUUACAGUAGUUGAGUGACGCUAAUUUACACAAUUCAAGUGAUUCACUUCCUAUAAUGUGCAUGGAGCAGCCCCACCUUUAAAAUUGUAUUCAUGGGAAACUUAAUAUAUUGAUGUCUACAUUAGGGAUUGGCAUAAUAAUCAGAUUCCUACUGUGUGGUAUUGUUGCUUGAUGGCAUCUUGAAGCAAACGAGGCAAAAUGGAAUGCAGCACUUGAUCGCAACCGGCAAGGUUGCUGUUAAUUUUGCCUCAACUAGGUAAUAUAACGUCAGCAAUGGGAAAUGAAGCUUCCCUUAGCGAAUGGCGCCUUCGUUGGCCCCAACCGGAAGUGGAACUGGGUUUCGACUAACCUGGCACAGCUUUUCUUACAUUUCUGUCCCUUUGCCUUCAAUGUAAAUGUAUCACUCCAUUUAAUGUUUACAGUUUGCUUAGCUGGAAGUGAAAACAAGGUGAAAGUUUAAGCUCAUGUUGGUUAGCCUCUUGCUAAUCGUCAGUUUGUGGUAAUACUUUAUUUUAUUUUUUUACAAAAACAGAUGCAUGAGGUUUUAUAUUGAAAUAUAUUAUAGAAAGCGCAGUGUGAUGCAUUCACCUUGAGUGUAUAAAUGAAUCAUAAUGUUUAAAGUGGAAAAUCAA